AUGACGGGGCAUGGAAUUGAACUUCGCACUCUUAGGGACUGUCUCCAGUUCUUUGAGUGGCUGAAAGAUGCUAAGCCGAUGCAUCCACAGCUGGCUGAUGAACUGGUUAAACGUUACGGAGAAUCUUAUAAUCAUAUUUCGUUCACACGCCAAUUACCACCUGAUCUAUUCGGAUUUCUCGACCGCGUCUCAACGUUUUACAAGAAGCUAGCGACAGCGCCAGUUGGCGGCAGUUAUGUCAGUCCAACAGCACCAGAUGUCAUAGACGCUCUCCUCCAGUGUAUUCCGAAAUUCCUCGCCGCCUUGUACUAUAUCUGGUACAAUGUAGAUUUUAAGCUCGAAGCAGUGGGCGGAGGCAAGUGGAAGGAUUUGUAUGUUGGGUGGGAAGCAACACGAAGUUGGUGGGGUCGAUACCCCGAGUCGGGAGGUGAACUGCAGCGAUAUCUCAGAAGUUCAGUAUCUAUUAAUUUUCACGUUUUACCCGGAGGCUUCGGUGACAAUGAGGUGAUAUGUGGUUAUGACUAUCCUAGAUAUGGCUAUCAGUUUGGCAAAAAUAUGAUUAAGGACCUAAACAAUAUUUUAAAAACAAAAUACCAUCAAUUAUUUCGCGACGUGUUUUCCACAUCGGUGGUUUCGAAGUUUGGCACUCAGUACUCCAACACUGCGAACGUUCUUGCAUUGGUGAAAAUGUUCUGCCACAUGGUGGGAACAGACGGCGGUGCCAUAAAAAGAGCUUUGGAAAAGGACCUAAGCGGAAAGUGUAUUGAUUGGCAACAGUUAUUGGAUCAUUGUAAAAGGCUUGAAUCACAAUUGGGGAAUUUAUUCAAAGAUGAUGCCUUUUCUCACACCGGGAAAGCGCCGGGAAUUGAUACGCUUCACAGUGAAAACUUUGCAAAAAAAACAGCGAAGUGGUUUAGACAACAUUUGCCUGCGGUGCAGAGCAAUGUUAAGAAAAUUAGUGCAAAAUACCCUGCAGAUGACAGUACUUGGUUGAACACGCUUCAUCCGUUUGUCAUAAAAAAUGUGCUUCCUUACGGUUUCGUAUUUGGUGAUAAUAGCUAUGGAACGAUGGGUAACGCCUGGAAAACAUUGCCACCCAAGUGGAAUGGUACAAUUGGGAUGCUAAAACAGGAAAAUGGAGGUCUGAAAAAAUUGAAAAUGCUUUUGGAAGGCGGGGCAUGUAAGGCCCAGCCUUCGCCUCAGCCCCCUCCGCCUCCAAUAACCUCACCCCAGCCUUCUAGUUCAAGUGUCGCAAGUACAUCCGUCGCUCAAGGUUCCGGAAGGCAGCAAAAUCAGGUGCAUCAUAUAGUCCUUCCUGGUAAUGGAGCAUCGGGAGGUGGAGGACAUUCUCAACGCCCAAAUAAUCAAUCCCAAGGUGCUCAACAGCGUAGUUCACAUGUUUCGCCCGUCACUGACACGGCGGGAUCUUCAAAUCAAAACAACGGGCAAAGUGAAGGGCAGCCUGAAGUUUUACGAAGUAGCAAUACUGUUGCACCUACACCUACCGGUAAGGAUGGGCCUGGAGGACCGACAGGUGCGUCUGGUGAUCGAAGUCCAGAAGGGCCUAAAGUAGAGAAGGGAGAUCAAGGCCCGCAAGGGCAUCCUAGUACCGGGUCUACUAGAUCUUCUCCAUCUAAAGAUGCAGUUCAGCCGCGACAGCCUCCGUCUCAAUCUCUGCCAUCGCCUCCCCCUCCGCAGACGCCAUCCAGUCCUACUGCACCCAACGGUCCGAAUGGUUCAGCAAGUGAUACAGGUGCGGUUCCACGUAGCAAUGAUGCUUCAAGUUCAGAGCCUGCUGCUACUUUACAGGUUACGAUCACCCAACGUCCAAGUGCUUCAGGUUCAGACUCUGAGUCAUCUGGUGUCCCCGAUUCCGGUGGAGGUAUGGGCCCGGGUGGCCAGGCAAACCCUUCUAGGUCUAUUCAACAAAAUGGUCAAGUUCUUCAGAGAAAUGACAACGCCGGUACUACGACACCAUCCGUCCAGGGUUCUGGUUCAGUUGCCGGUGGAGCGGGAGGGAGUGAUAUGCAGAGAGGUGCAGCUAAACAGGACGCAUUUAAAUGCUCUAAUGCAACUUUGCCAUUUAGCUUUGGCGGGACAACGUUGUGUCAGCCAAAAUCUCAGAAAGCUACAGGUAAUUACGAUGACAUCUGGGAGAAAGCCCAGAAAAAAACAUUUGAUCAGGAUCUACUAAAACGAUCACAGAAAACAAAUUUGCUCAGAAAGCAUAAAUCACAUAUAUCUGCUAGUUUGCCCUCUCAUCCCGACCACAGUGCUCCCGGGAUUUCCCCUCAGACUACCCGUGGCCGGGCCGGUCGUGUCAAACCGUACUACAAUCCACAGGAAAGGAAUACUAGGCAAGGCAGCAUUAAUGUAAGGGACCCUGGUAUUCCUAAAGUAACUCUUGAAGGUAGAGCACUUAGUGAAAAUGCUCGCCAUAUUAAGGAAAAGGAGGUGAAGGAAGCAGAACGGAAGCGUUUGUUUCAACAAAAAAUACAAGACGGUAUUAAUGCUGAGAUCGAGAAUAAAAUUUACAUGAGAAAACUUGAAGAUGAAGAGGAAAAUAAAAUUGAACAACAUACUAAAAAUGGGGGAAAUGACUUUGAAAAGCAGACGUUUCAACGGGAACUGAUUGAUGGCCUCACUACGGAAGUCCUCAACCCCUAUCCUCCAGGCCCCAAAAUUGGAGUUCCCGUUGGAUAUGCGCUUAAGCACCCCAAGACAGCAAUAAAGCCGCUGCCUUCGCAAUCUAUUCCGGAUAUCAUGUCUCAGCCUAUACCAGAUCCCAACCGGGGACAUCGCUUGCCACCUUUUCCCCCGAACUACAAUCCAACUGAGCACGAUGGCCCCAAUCGUAUAAAAACCCCAGUUACCGUACAACUUGACCAAUCAAGUGAUGAAAAUUUGAACAUAUCUACCACCUACCUGGCGACUAACCCCCAAAGAGACGUUAGGGCUGCCACAUCUCAGGAAACAAAACUAACCUUACCGCCAGCUCUGAUAAGUGGAUGGACGAUUUCAGAUCCUAAUUUAAAAAAUUAUGCUUCCUUUAUACCUACUGCCGACCUGGAUCCUCCCCCGCCCCCACCUCCGAUGAGCAUUAAAGUAAAAGAUUUUAACUCGCAUGAUAAUGUUUUGAAAUCUGAACUUACCCGGACACAUACAGCACACAUUAUGCAUCCCAUUGAUCCAGCCUCACCGUAUGAUACGUACCCCGGGCUGCCUCCCGUAUGGCCACCACCAGACCUCAAAUCAGAUUCCGGCGCAGACUACAAUGAUCCUAGAAACUGGGGAAGGUUUAAGAAUUACGGUUUUGAUCUAUUUCCCAAUCCAGACAUGUGCAAUAAUCCUUGGAAUUACGUUCAUAAUUCCACCACCUCACCAACCCUCCCCCCUCCACCAGACUCCGACCAUCUACCGCCUCCCACCAACGUCAAGGCCAUGCUCUUCUGGCUGGUCGGUUUCAAUACGUACGGACUUAUUGCCAAGAUGGAGAGACACAUGGAAAAUAUACUCAAUGAAAUUAACAGUGAUACAUUCUACCCUAAGUACGCCCUUGCGAUCACCGGGGACCCAUCCUCCUUGUCCGCAUCUCAUAUCGCCGACACCCUUACCGAGGCUUGCCUUUAUUCAGCACACGUACUCAACGGCAUUAUGCGUAUGAAAUCCGAGGACGCCUUGGCUCCCAUCGACUUCAAAUCCGUAUAUAGUAAGUUUCGUUACUCCCCCGACCCCGCCUGUCUCCUCUGCCAGCUGCGUGACUACGUGUACGCCUGCCACCACCAGUUGCAGUUUCUGAAGGCGCAGUGUAAGAGGGACAAACUAAGUGGUGGAUGGAAAAAUUAUGAGUACGGCAGUGACAUCACUGCUCCCAACUCCCCCCUCCAGGCGUUCCUGACUGACGGCUGGGACUCCACCUUCGAGACUCACCCCUUCGACCCGUGCAACCUGUGCCACAAGAGCAGAAUCAGGAUGGGAUUUAAGAAGAAUGAUUUGCCAAAGACCUCGCAACUGGGGAGUGUCAUUUCCACCAUCCUCUCUCCCAGCUGCGGCGGCGAUGACCCCCUGCUGACCCUGUCCUCCUACCUCAACUGCCUCACCAGGCGGACGCCGAGGACAACAGGGGAGCUUGUGUCCUUCUUCCACAAUUUCGGGAAUGAGAUGCACGGGUAUGCUUCAGAUGCAUUGUCUCUACUAGGAAACUCACUCCGCAAUCCGCAUCUCGACUGCCCCGACUGGGACCAUCUUGUUCGCCAGGACCUCCAAGUCGUCAAAGGCAUCCGUGGUCAUGCGUCUCUCAUCUACAAGCCCAACUCCAAACAUUACCAUCCCCGUACCCUGUCCACACUGGUCGGCUGCGGUAGUGACCCUGACAGCUGCCCUCAACACUGCCCGCCCAUCACCUACCGGGCCUACGCCCUGUACUCCCAGAGCUUCGCCCACACCUACCUCAGCUGGACGGUGUACCUGCCGGACAGAUUGCAUGAGUCACUUCAAAAGCUGCACUAUGAUUUCCAGAAGCAUAAAUGUUCUAGUGACAAAUUUUUCCACUCAUGUUCCACUGCGCUGCCCCUCCUCUACUUACACGGGUUCACGCCGCCGGAGGUGGGAUCGCAGCCGAAACUCACGUGCUCAAAUGUUAUCGAAAAGAUAAAGGACAUCGUCGCAGGCAAGCCUAUCGCAUCACUCAUGACCGCCAUGGACGAGUUUCUCUACAACAUCCGGGAGCCAUUCAUCUUCACUCUCGUCGCACUCUGGUCUGUAGCAUUAUUCUUGUGCGCCAACACGAUGCUAUACCGACUGGACGUGCUGCGCAUACGAUCUCACUUCACGCGCUCCAGGGGGUCUCACGUCAUCGAUGUCAAGGCGUUACUCACGGACGGCACGAAAAUGCCCUCGCUCUACGACAUCGACUACUUUGACGAGGACCCUAUUGGUCAACUUGUAAUUCAAUAG